UAUUUUCUACCGUCGAAAUCUGUCGGCGACCCGCAAUUGCUCCGCCACAGGAAGAGAAGCUUCGGAGAUUUCACUAUCAAACAGCCGAGUUUCGGCUCAUAAGCUUCCUUAUUGAAGCUUGCUUAUGUUGGCUUCAAUGGCGGAAGCGGGAAAUGAGGAAUUAGCAACCGGAUAUGAAGUUUAAUGAAAAAUGUCAUUCAGAACAACCAUCAAACACCUUCAGUGCAACCGCCGAACCUUCGCAGCAUCCCUCUCUCUUGCCCGCUUCAGCUCUUCCGCCGCCGCGCAUCCACCACGGCGUCCCUCGAUUACUGUUCAGUUCCAAAAUCUUCCCAAUCUCAACGACCAGGAUCCCUACUCUUACCUCAAAGAAGACCCAAUUGAAAUCUGCUCGUCUUUAUGGGCGAAAACCUUCGCUUCUCUUCCCAAUAGUUCAUUCUCCGAUCUUUCGAGCUUUCUUUCCAAAUUCGAUUUAUGGGUAUUGGCGUAUCAGCGAUCAUGUGCGGAUGUGACCGGAACUUUCCCCCCUCGCAACGCCAUUCAUUCUCAUGUUCUCCGCGACCUACUUUCUCUUCGCAACGCUGUAAUUAAUGGGAAAUUUUCGUGGAACAGGAAGGCUUAUCAGUUAAUUCGAAGCCCUAAUGAUAAAUCUCGGACCAAUCUCAUUUCCAAGCGCAAGCUCCAAGCGAUGCUCGAGUCCGAUGAGCCCUGCUUUCAGGACAGGAUUGUUCAGGAGGUGUUACUGAAUAUAUUAGAACCUGUUUUCGAGGCUCGAUUCUCGCCGAAAUCGCACGCGUUUCGGCCGGGCCGGAAUGCCCAUUCUUUCAUUCGAACCAUUCGAAGCAACUUCGCUGGGUACCUCUGGUUCUUAAAAGCCGAUUUGAGUGAGAUUUUCAGUCAUGUUGAUGAAAAUGUGGUGAUGGGUUCCUUAGAGAAGGCUGUCAAGGACAAAAAGAUUUUGCGUUUAGUCAAGUCCGCGCUCCAAUCACCGAGGCAUAGUCGGCCUCGAGUUGAAGAUUAUGAGGAGAUGAAAAAGAAGAAAAGAAAAGGGGCUACGAAGAAGAAGAAGAUACUCAAUGAGAAUGAACCCAAACCUGAUCCAUAUUGGUUAAGAACAUUCUUCAAUUUCGCACCAGAAGAAGCUGCCAAGGUACCUUCUUAUGGCUACUGUGGAAUUUUGAGUCCUUUACUCGCUAAUAUAUGUCUUAAUGAAUUGGAUCUUGUAAUGGAAGAUAAGAUAGUUCAGUAUUUUAGGCCGUCCAAGCUUGAUUCCAUCUGGAGAGACUCCAUUAAAGAUGGCUGCCAUAACCCAGCUUGGCCGGAGUUUGUUCCAGCUAGUGGUAAGGAAAAAACUAGAAAAAUGGAUUACAUACGACAUGGAGGCCAUUUCUUGGUGGGCAUUCGAGGGCCUAGGGAGGAUGCAGUGAGAAUUAGAAAGGAAAUCAUCGAGUUUUGUGAGAGUAAAUUUGGGAUAAGGCUGGAUAAUUCAAAAAUAGAGAUUGAACAUAUUAGCAGAGGAAUUCUUUUCUUGGACCAUAUGAUUUGCCGUAGAAUAAUACACCCUACACUUCGAUAUACCUCCUCUGGAGGUACUAUUGUGAGCCAAAAGUGUGUUGGAACUUUGCUUUCGGUUACUGCUAGCUUGCAGCAAUGUAUUCGUAAGUUCAGGCGGGUUGAACUCGUUAAAGGAGAUAGAGAUCCUGAGCCUCUACCUUGCAAUCCAAUGCUAUAUUCAAGUCAAGCUCAUACAAAUUCUCAGAUGAAUAAAUUCCUUGAGACAAUGGCUGAUUGGUACCAAUAUGCUGAUAAUCGGAAGAAAAUUGUUGGGUUUUGUGCUUAUGUUAUACGGAGUUCAUUGGCUAAACUGUAUGCUGCUAGGUAUCGACUAAAAUCUCGAGCCAAGGUGUAUAGGAUAGCCUCGCGGAAUUUAAGCCGUCCAUUGAUAGAGAGCAGUAACAAUGCAGCACCCGAGUAUUCUGAUCUUCUGAGAAUGGGACUUGUCGAUGCAAUUGAAGGUGUGCAGUUCUCUCGCAUGUCUAUGAUUCCCUCUUGUGAUUACACUCCCCUCCCUCGGAAUUGGGUCCCAGAUCACGAGAAUGUAUUGCGAGAGUAUAUCAAGCUACAAGAUCCAAAGUUGUACUCUGAAUUGCAUAGCUUAAUCAAGAGUCAAGGGUUGAGUUUGCCCCAAGAUGAGAUAUCUGAAACUGUAUGGGGAUAUAAGAUCCUUGGUGCCUGUCACUUCAAGCCUAAUGUCGGAAACGAAAGAGAAGGCGGUUGAAGAAAGAACUGGAAGCAUGCUGUUAAGCCUGCCACAUAAUACGAAUUAAAUCGAAUCUCAAGUCACUUCCAGAGUUAAUCGGCUGGAACAGAGGCAAUUAUGGAGUGAGUUCGGGCACAUUUCUAUUGACUGAGGGGGAAAGCAAGAGACAACCAAACUCAAGAACACCACUAUUAAGCAAAGAGAGGCAAAGCAAGAUAAGAAAAAGAUAAAUGCCUCUGUCCUCUGUGAAAAAGGGUACUGCCAACGUUAUACACAACUGUUGGUGCUUAUUCUAUUUAAUUAUUUUCCAUCUGUCUUGGUGUUGGAAUUUAUUUUAUUUUGUUUUGGUAAGGAAAAAGAAAUCACAAGCCAGAUAACCAUAGGAAGUGCUUCUAUAUAUCAUUCUCGUGGGAUACAAGGAAGACACCUUCCUCCAAAAACAAAUAGGUUUGAAUCCCUACUCCGUAUUUGUGAUCAUAUUCUAAGGAAAAAAAAAUGGCACCCACCCUAGUGUAGUAGAAUAUUGUAGCAAGGGUCGGUUUAUCGUUGAUAUACAGUUUUCUGGUUUGAUCAUUUCAUUAAAAAGUAAGUCAAAAGUACCGAAAGUAAAGAGGAGUUGGAAUGACUAAACAUGGCGACCACCUACAAAUUUCUUUGGCAACUAAAUAUGACAAGGUUGGAUGCUUAUCUUGUGAGAUUGGUCGAGGUCUGUGCCCAAGAAAAUCUUGCUGAUGAAAUCUAGUUGAAAAGAACUGAUCAAGAAGUUGUGCCCUCAACUCCUUUUCUUUUUGUUAGUGGUGGUUGUUACUAUAUCAAAGCAUAUGGCUGUUUACGAUGCUGUGAAGCUAAAAAUGGAAAGUAGAACUCCGUUCCAUUGUUGAGUAAAGCUUGAAAUUAUUACGUCUUUGGGAA